UGAACGCAGCCAACGAUACGUGAAAUAGGGAUAAAAGUCGAGGUGCCGAUUGAACGUGAAUGAGAACACGAUGAUGUCCAGCAAAAGAAUUACCGGAUAUUACCAUCAAGUUGUAUUAUCGCGAUUCAGAAAUGUGAAUCAACGACGGUACUCACUGAUGAGCAAUAACCUCGUAAAAAACAUUUGCGGAGCGAAAAAUCUCACCCAAACUUACCGGUCAACGUCGAUCGCGGAAAGAGACAUUCGAAAUAUUUCAAUAGCUACUCGGCUUCUCGCGCAAACUAAAGUCAUGAAAGGCGAAGGAGAUCAUGGUCUAAACUUGAACUACGAGGAUAUUUUGAAAGCACAAAAAGAUGACAAGAUUCUCAUCGUUGAUGUUAGAGAAGAUGAAGAAAUCAAAGAGACUGGAAAACUACCUGGCAGCAUUCACAUACCGAUGGGGGAGGCCGUAAACGCAAUAACAAAUUUGCCAGAAAAGGAGUUUUUCGAUAGAUACCAAAAACCAAAACCCACCAAAGAUACCAAACUUAUAUUUAGCUGUCGCUCAGGGAAACGAAGCGCCACCGUUCAGGAAGAGAUGCUCAAACAGGGAUAUGAAAAGUCCUACAAUUACACUGGCGGGUGGCUUGACUGGGAAAGUAAACAAGCACCAACGGCCUAAGAUCGUCAGUGAUAAUGUGGAGCGAUGAGACUCUAAGCAGAAUUCAUGGAUCUUUAGCGAAGUAUAUUGUACGUUAAUUGGGAAUUAUAAGUAGAAAUAAAUUUUUGAUCUAUUGGGUAUUAUACAUA